AUGAAGAUGCUUCAGCCAUGCCAGCAUGCAAACACACAAAGGAAGAGUUUAAAACCUGAGGUGGAAAGGCGACGUCGGGAAAGAAUAAACAGAAGUUUGGAGAACCUGAAAACUCUUUUGAUUGCAGCUCAUGUAAAUGGCGGGCGAAGGUUGGAGAAAGCAGAGAUCUUGGAACAGACGGUCCUCUUCCUGCAGCAACACGCCAAAAAUAAGAAGCAGCAGCUACAUUUCUAUCAAAAUGACAUCUCCUCUCGCCUGCAAAGAGCUGCCAACUUCUUGCAAACUGAAAGCAAAGGCUUCUCCUCCUCCUCGUCUUCAACUUCUUCAUCUUCUUCCUGGCCUUCUGGUUCCCCUCUGGCUCUUGGUGGUCCCUCCAGGACAUCCCAUAAGAAGCCCAAUACAGCGGGGAGCCUGUGGAGACCCUGGUCCUGA